GGAACUACCACUCAGAACCAUGGUGGCCAAGACAUUUCUUUGCGUCUCUCUACUCUUUUCGCUGCUGGCCUUCGAUCCGCUCUGUGGUCUGCAAGGUGUGAAGGCCUCUCCGACGAGAAACGUAUUCGAAAAACAACUGAACAGCCUCAAAGGCGAAUAUUCAGAGAAGACCUCGGUUGUCCAAACUGGAUCUGGGAAAUCGGUUCCUGCUGAGGCAGAAUUCGGUGAACUGGUGAUUUCUGGGGAAAUAUACGAAGAUACUAGGGCACAUAACUACACGCUGUCUGUUACUCACCUUGGUGGCUGGCUGGUAUACAGCCUGUCCAGUGUUACACGCUGGUUUGGUGGUAGGGGUGAAGUCUCAAUUGUCGACGGAGGCUCCGGGUACGACCACUGGGCCAUAAAAUGGGAGUUACCACCUCUGGUGUCUGCUAAUUACGAAAUCAAAGUCGUGACCUACCGUGAGACUCCCGGAAACAAAACGGUCGCUGUCGAAGCAGAACGGAAGCCAGUGGAGCAGAUCUUCAGAUUCGACGACACGGAGCUCAGAGUUAGAACGUCACCAGAAGCCAGAAACCAGAUCACUUACAGCAAGCAGUGAAAUUACAAGCACCGUCAGCAAAAACACUUGCGAAAUGAUUUCGACCAGUUGGAGGCUGUUCUUAAUUACACGUUGAUUAUAUAUUUAAAAGUCCUUUACAUUGAGAGUUAUUCAUAACAUGUAAAUCAAUCAUAUAAAUAUUAAUAAACGUAUU